UAAAUUUGAAAAAAAAACAAUGCCAAAAUCGAAAUUAUUAUUUUAGGUUAUGUUUGUCCGAUAAUUUUAUAAAUAAUGUCUUUAAAUAGAUUAUUCGCUAAUUUCUCUAUCACGCCGACAUUAAUUAGUAGGCGUGCCAUUCAUGCAACGUCAGUCAGCUAUGCGGGCAAACCUAACAUUGUGAAACCCAAACCAGGGUUCGGAAAAGCUUAUAGAAGAAUAGUCCACUUUCCUGAAUCAUAUACAGUUAAACCCCUGGAUGUGACCAAUCUUGCGGGGCGGGACCCCGAAACAGGUAGAAUGAUAGCAAAGGGAAUAGGAGGAGGGAUCAAACACAAAUACCAUUGGAUAGAUUGGUUAAGAGAUGGGCCUACUGAAGGCCCACCACAGGAUGAGAAAGUUAUACAGAUCAUAGAAGAUGGUUGCAGAACAUCCCACAUAGCCCUGGUGGCAGUAGGCGACAAGCUAAAAUAUAUUCUAGCCACAGAGAACAUGAAGCCGGGUGAUAUACUGAAAACAUCAAGAAAUCUCCCUAGAAUACCUGUGAGAGCUAACGAGGGUGAUGCCUACGUGCUGGGAGCGCUGCCCACCGGCACACAGGUUCACUGCAUUGAAAAAGACCCAGGUAAAGGCGGCCUGUACGUGCACGCGGCGGGCACGUUCGGCACGAUCCUGCGGCGGCAGGACGACCGCGUCGUCGUGCAGAUGCCGUCCAAGCGCCAGUUCAGCUUCAGCCAGCACUGCAUGGCUGUUGUUGGGCGACUAUCAAACGUGGACCACGGGUCUACCCCCAUAGGCUCAGCCCAGCGGAACAGGUGGCUCGGCAACCGACCCCGCUCUGGUCUCUGGAAGCGCAAGGACGGCAGACACGGACGCAAGAUCCAUCCACCAAAGCCAGUGAAGGAAAUCGCCUCGCCAACUAAAUUCCCUCUCCCAACUGUUAGCAUGACUAUGCAUCCGUAGGUUUAAGUCUGUUUGAAUAGUAAAUAAAAGUAUUGUAGUUGAUUUUAA